CUACAGAUCAAUCCUUUUUAUGGAUGUCUUUUAUUCGAUUGAAUCUACAGACCGAUCCUUUCUAUAAACGUCAAGAUGAGGUACAUCCUCACUCCGUUGCUUAAUGGACUGAGAUCCCCGUUCAUCGGAAGCCAACCUCCUGAUCCUUCACUGGGAGAUUCGAAGUCCAAAUUUCCUGGGCGAAAAACUUCCCUUGCAAAUCUGAAGUCUCCGUUUCUCGGCCACAAGAUUUCAAUUCCUUUCUUCCCGAGGUUCAAGUCCCCAUUUCUAGGCGGCAAAGAUCCCGAUUCUUCACUGAGCAAAGCGAAGUCUACUUUUCCAGCGUCGUCCAUAUUCAAGAGUCUGAAGGCACCGUUCUUCCGGAGAAAAGGUCCAAAAGUCACCACCACCCCAGUCGCGGUCCCGGUUCCAGUUCCAAUUCCGGAGAGGCAACAUAUUCCUCCCUACCACCACCUAGUCGAUUAUGAGGUUGGUUAUUACGAUAAUGGGGACGCGUUGGAUGCUUUCAUGACAAUCUUGCCGAGUUUGCCCAAAGGUUAUCGGUACCGCGAAAGAAUUAGAGUGCCUGGCUUUGGAGAUCCGCAUCUUCUCGGACUACCCGUCAAUGUUCGCUUUCGAAUCUACCAGUUUGUGACCGGGCCAUUCCACUUCCAUGUUACUUUCAACUACUUCUGCACUCCAAUUGCAGCGCCGCUCAUGAACAAAUGGCUGCCGCUAUUUGCGAACAAGAUGCAGUUCUUGACUGUGGAAGUUGAUUUCACACGACUAGGGGGGUGCUACAAAAACGAUAAGUUUGCGCUCAAACAUGGCGGAAGAGAGAUGCAGUGGUUUAUGAAAAAACUAGUGCGAGCCCUUUCCGAUAGAAGUGGGACCAUACGGAGUCUGCAUAUCAUGUGUCGGAGAUACAAAGGUUUCCGACCACCCUCGCAGAGAUAUAUUCCGGAGGAGAAUAUUCCUGGGACGAAUAUUCCGGAUAAUACCGAGCCUCCUAAAGAUGGGACCCCCCAAGAUGGGACUCCUGAAGAUGGGAAUCCUGAAGAUGAGACCCAAGAUGGGACCCAAGAUGAGUCUGAAGAUGUGUCUGAAGAUGGGUCCGACGAUGGGUUUAAAAAUGGGGCUUCUGAAGUUAGCAGUUCGCUAGACAGUAGUGUCAUUGUUGAACUCUCACAUGGAGAAGACACAUCUAAUACAGACAAGCCUCCAACGGCAAACGAUAAGCCGAACAAAAAUGUUCCUAUCAAAUACUGUUCCUCAUACACAACAACAGUUCUAGACUUUCUGCCGCAACGUCUUGGGCGAGAGGGCAUACCUCUCUAUCAUUUCCGGCUCUCGGGCUUUGGAAAGCCUUAUACCAAAUAUAUCCUCACUGAAAUUGGCUCAAUUGGAAACGGGCCCACGCUUCUGAUCACUCCAAAAGUACCUCCUUGGCCUCGCGAUUACCCAGAAAUUGAGCCUGGCAUAACUACGACUGAUGGUGAUUACCUGGGCACUGUCGUAAAGUUUGUCAAUACUAAAGAAGAGGAGCAUGUCGAAAAGCCACGUACAAGCAGGAUGACUGCAAGCAGGGCGUUUUUCAGAAGAGCUCUUAGCAGGAUAUCCUUUUUCAGGACAACUCCCAACAUAACAGGCCCUGAAACCAGCACUCCUUUUGACUAUAGAGAGCUAUUUCCAACCCUUUACGACUCAGAUGAAGAAUCUGAAUCAGAUACAGCUUCAGAGGACGAGGAUAACCCGGAGGGUAUUGGCUUGGGAAUCCAGCUUCCCAUUCUUCCCCGCCAUCCCAACAACAAAUACUCAUUGAUGCGGAUGUAUGACAUAGAACGACACAUUGAAAAGAAGCUAGACGAGCCCGACUUCCCUAACUUCUGCGACGAAAUCAUCGAGAUCUGGGCGAUUGAUUCGAUGUCAACUAGGUUCGGUAAUUUGUUUGGGAUAUCCACGGCAACUCGUGGAUUACCCAAGGACCGCCGUCCACCUAUCGUCGUCAAUUCCACGCGCAAAGCAAUCAAUAUACUAUUCAAGAGGCCCCAGAGGUUUCUAGCGAGAACUCCCAUCAUACCUGUGACGAUGGCUUCCAUACCCGAGAUCGACGAUCAACUUCAAGAGAUCAAUGCCACGUCCUCAGCAGUGAAUGGACUGUUUAAUUUCCCCGAGUCGCGAGUGCCAGCAGCUGGUCGGAGCCAAAUUCAGAUGAAUAGGCCCUGGAACCUUGGACACGAGCGCGCGGGUCUCUCGCAUCUGGCGCAGCAUAAUUCUUCAACCAAUUCUACUUUCUAUACUGACGCAUCGGAAUCAACUCUCGACAUGGCGUUUUCAGACCCUACGAUACCUGCGCAACUUGCUCCCAUGCAUGAGCAAGAGGUCGAUUCUUUAUCAACUCUUUAUCUUCCCGAUGAUGGAUCCGACACUCCAACAAUGGCACGCAUCCGCAGCGAGAAUCUCAGCCAGGCCGAUGAGCCUUGGGAUCAUAUAGAUGAACAAUCAAACCACUCUCAACUGGAACUUCACACAGUUUAUACGGGUUCUACAUAUGAUACAGAUGGUACGAGAUCGAGAUCGAACACAGACGGCAGUGUGGUACUCGAUUGGCCACUCCCAAACACAGCGAUGCCCCCACCACCAACGAGGCCUCAUCCCCCAGCGCCUGAGGUAGGUAACCAAUUGCAUCAGAUCGCCACCGUAUCAUCAAGGCGCACGUUACGUUUUGCUGAUGAGGACGAGCUGCACGAAAUCCCCACCUCCUCGUCAAGGCGUGCUAUUCGAUUUGCCGACGAGGACGGACUGCACCAAAUCCCCACAUCGUCUUCCAGGAAAACAUUGCGCUUUGAUGUACCCGAGGAAUCAGAGGCCGAACAGGAGGCACGGCACGCCCGAGGUGCGAGUUUCAGGAAACAAAGAGAUGAAGAACAGAGGAAGCAAGGUGUGAGGUUACAGAACCUCGCUUCAUUAUUCCAUUACUCUGUGCCACCAGUGCCGAGGGAACCAAAAGAGCCAAAAGAGCCAGAAGAGCAAAACGAGCCAAAAGAGCCAAAAGAGCUGAAGAAUCAACGUAGCCGAUCUGGGAGUUUCUGGAGCAAAGGAAAAUCAAAGGAUGACGCCGAUGACAAGCCCUCAAAGAAGCCAACACUGCGCACUGCGAAAAGCUUUUCUUCCAAUGCCUAUGCGCGCGAAGCUCCCAAUGACCCCGAGCUCGCCCCACCGCCGAAUCUGAAAGAAAAGCGCAGCAUGUCUCGUCUAUUCCACCGCAAGAAAGAAGAGCCAAAAGACGCAGAAGAGGGCGAAGAGAAGUCCAACAAUAUCAAUCUUCUCUUCAGCGAUUCCACCGCCGACGUCCCAGCGGACAAAGGCACCAUUGGUCGCAGCAGCGGCGGUGGCGGUUUCUGGAAGCGCAACAAAGGAGGUGCACAGCCGGAUGCGGCAGAUGAGAAUGCGCCGCACCCGCCGCUCCGCAGCACUCGCAGCUUUUCAUUCAACCCUCUGCGCUUGCGUCGCCGCAGUUCAACGUUGAAUAGAAAUGCGACGGAGCUGCCAGACGAGUUGCCCGAGGAGCAAUCCAAUGAGCUGUGUAACGAGUUCUCAAAUGAUCUCUUGAACGACCCAUCCAACGAGUCUUCUGAGCUCCCCGUCCAUGCCGCCGGAGCUUCAACCCCCGAGCCCCGCGCCCGCUCACACGGUCUCUUCGGCCUCCGCCGCAAAAAGUCCAAGCUACUCAACACCGAAGAAAUCGACGUUAUGUCCUCGAACCUUUCUCUGCUGUUCAACGAUUCCUCGGCCACCAUCGCGACGAACACGAAUGAGAGUAUCGGAGGACGUCAGAGCACCACCCCCAGCACCAGCUUCAACUUCAGCCGGAGCUUCAACCGCCCGGGCGCCGCGGGCGGUAGUAUAUUCGGACCCAAAGGCGGGCGCAAGGAUGGCCGAGGCCACCUGGCGAAUGUUCACUGGGGCGCGGGUGCCGGGAUGGAGGCACCGGCGGGGAUGGGAGAGGGAAGGGAGGCGAGGGAGAGGAGGGAGAGAGAGGAGCGAGAGGAGAGAGAGGAGAGAGAGAUUGAGGAAGAGAUGGAGUUGGAGGAUUUGAGGGAGAGGGAGAGGAGGUAUAGGGAGAGGAUGGGUGAUAGGGGGACGUUGGGGUUGAGUCGGGUGGCGAGGGUGGAUGAGGAUGAGGGGGAUGAGGAGGGGGGGUAUGUGGUGUAG